ACCAACACCACUAUGAGACUUAACAAGCCCAUGCUCUGGACUUCAGCUAUUUUCAUUGCGUUCAUCUCCAUUCUAAUAGCUCUCAACACCCUUCCUCCUACUACCAACACCCCUUCUGAGACUACUAGUGCUAGCCUUGUGCAUGACAUUGUCAAAAGAGUAGCAAGCCCAGGUUCAACCAUCAUUGACAAACUUAUUUUUCUGUGGAGAGGCCGCGGCCACCACCACCACCACCACCGGAAAAAGCAUAAGACAGACUGUGACAAGUCAAAAUGGGUGUCUCCAAUUGCAUCUGAUCCGAACGUGGCCCUUAUCUUAACUGUUGAUCUCAAGAGUUGCGCAAACUUCAGCAGUGUGCAGAAGGCGGUCGAUGCUGUCCCAGACUACAGUCCUAGUAGGACUCUCAUCAUCAUUGAUUCUGGUGUAUAUAGGGAAAAGGUGGUUGUAUGGGCAAACAAGACCAACAUCACAAUGCAAGGCCAAGGUUACCUCAACACAGCCAUUGCUUGGAAUGCCACCGCCAACUCCAGUGGAGGGACAGUUUAUAGUGCUAGUACUUCCAUCUUGGCUUUCAAUUUCAAAGCCUACAAUAUCAGCUUUCAGAACACAGCCCCUCCGGCAUCACCUGGGGAUGUCGGUGGACAAGCAGUUGCACUUAGAAUUUCCGGAGACCAAGCAGCCUUCUAUGGCUGUGGAUUCUACGGGGCACAAGACACUCUGCUCGAUGACCAUGGGAGGCAUUACUUUCGACAAUGCUUCAUCGAGGGGUCCAUUGACUUCAUCUUCGGCAACGCCAGGUCUAUCUAUGAGGAUUGCACUAUUAAUUCGAUAGCAAAGCAAGUGCCUGAUGGCGUGGGAUCCAUCAGUGGAUGCAUCACAGCCCAUGGAAGGCAAUCGGCCAACGAGAAGACAGGGUUUUCCUUCGUCGAUUGCAGCAUCAGCGGAACAGGGACGGUGUGGCUCGGCCGUGCAUGGGGACCGUAUGCGACCGUGGUCUUCUCGAGGACAUACAUAUCCAGCAUCGUAGCUCCUGAAGGAUGGAAUGACUGGAAUGAUCCUUCCAGAGACCAGUCGGUGUACUUCGGCGAGUAUGAGUGCAUGGGACCAGGAGCCAACUACACAUUAAGAACAGCGUAUGCUAGACAAUUGGACCAGUGCGAAGCAGCUCAGUUCAUGGACAUUUCAUACAUUGAUGGUAGCGAGUGGGUGCUCCCUCCUUAUUGCAGUGGUUGGUCUAAUCCAUGUGAUCAUGGUCGCUACAGAGAACUCAUCAAAACCUAUCAAUCAUCGAUAGAUGAUCCUAGUAACAGCCGUGAAACCAGUGCAGAUAUGUAA